AUGGCCUUUUCGUCCAAGUCGACGAACCCCAACCCGCUUCUGCGCAUGGUGCGCCAGCGCCCCUUUGCGCUGUUUGGUCUGCCCUUCCUCGGUCUCGUGGUGUUCUCCUCAUUUGCGCUGAGCACAUUCACGCAGACACGCUACGACCUGAACGACUCGAAGACGAAGAGUGUUUCCAAGGAGGAAGAGCUGGGCAUGAACAAGGACAGGAAGAAGGUGGACAUUAGGGAGGAGUACUACCGCCUGAAUGCCAUUCCGUCAUCUCUCCAGUCGGCGUCCGAUGCGGCCCUCGACGCCACCAAGUCGGAGCACGCUGAGAAGAAGCGCAAAAAGUUCUCCAUGGCGCCCACGUCCAACGACGACUAUGAACCUAUCCGCGUUCCGCGUCCCGCAGGCGUUAGCGAGUGGGGAGGAGUUGGCGGAGCGUCGCCUGAUGCGCCGGUCAAGGGGCAGAGGGAGACGGAUCGAUGGGUCUAG